AUGGACGACCGCUUCCGCCAACCUGGCAACGCCCAGUACCCAUCUCUAGGCCAGUCCUACAAUGGCACUCAGCAGAACACCCUGCCGCCGCUGGGCAGCGCCCAGCAGUAUCCCUCCAUGUACAAUCACCACAACAGCAACCCGCAGACGCCAAUCACGCCUCACACGCCUGUCACCACUUCCGCGAGCUCAGGCGCCUCCAUCCCGCCCAUCGCACCCCAGCAUCCACCUCUGCGCCCGCUCCAGCCAUCGCCCUCGUACCUGCUCACCACCUCGUCGUACUCCCAGGCACCUCUCCUUCCCACAUCAGGCGCGCACUCCAACGCCCUGGGCCAGAACCCCCUCACUGCCGGGCUGCAAGAUGUACGUGCUGGUGGUAUGGCCAUGGGACAUCCUGCACUCUACCCUCACCCACCAGUCCUCUCCAACCAAGACUCUGAGCCUGUACACGUUGUCGGGCAGCAAGGACGUCGCGGCGUGCUGCCCACCCAUCCUGGCCGCCCCAGCCCCGCUGUCGGUAAGACCAUCACGAACCCGACCAAGAACGCCGAGGGAAAGUACGAGUGCCCUCACUGCAACAAGACAUACCUUCACCUGAAGCAUCUCAAGCGCCAUCUUCUGCGACACACGGGUGAGCGGCCAUAUCAGUGCCAUCUGUGCAAGGACACAUUUUCGCGCAGCGACAUCCUGAAGCGCCACUUCCAAAAGUGCUCGAUUCGUCGCGGUAACCCUACCGGUGCGAGCCAUCUGCAAAAUGCGCAGUCCCACCUGCAAAAGAACCGACAGCCGAGCAGCGCAGAGGCCAACUCGUAUCUCAACCACAUGGGCACGUCUAUGCCUUACUCAGACAACGCUUAUGGCAGUACGACGCUUGGCAACAUGCAGCCCAUGGCCUCGAUGCAGACUGACGGAUAUGGCGAUGGCCUUCCCCCCAUGAAUUCGCAUCAAUCCAUGUCUGCGAGAACUUCCAGGUCCAACAGUCUUAUUCGCCCCGGCAGCGGAGUCGAAGAGAACCGCAGAAGCAUGUCCGCUCUUGACAUGGGACAUGCGCGUCUCAACUUCAACGACUUUCGCUCAACCAACGGUAUGACGAACAACAUCUCGCACGAUAUGAGCCCCUAUGGUAACCAACAAAGCCAGCCUGCGACGGCCGUUACCAAUGGUCAACCACACUACAGCUAUGAUAGUGCCAUGGGACACCAGGAAAUCACCCCGACUAGCAUGUCCGUGAAGCAGGAAGAAGCGGACCCCGCCUCCUACGGACGCCCCAAUCUGCCCAGUGUCAACGGUCUCGCCAAUGGUCAGGACCGUUCAGCGCAUUGGAACGGGUCGUUCAGUGCUAAUGGUGACGGCCAACCCCAGGAUAACUUCCUCAUGAACUCAAGUAUGGCGAGUGGUCCACACCCCACUAAAGCGGGAGGUGUUCUGACUGUCAACAACUUCUAG